AUGAACGAAGUUCUCUCACCCAAUAUCUUUACGAUGUUCGAAAAAUCCCUGUAUGACCUCAUUAGAGGUCUCCGGAGUCACAAGGGGAGCGAGGCGGAGUAUAUACAGAAUAGCUUGAAGGAAUGCAAGUCCGAAAUCAAGUCUCCAGAUAUGGACAAGAAAACAAUCGCCCUUUUAAAGCUGAUAUACCUCGAAAUGUUCGGAUACGACAUGUCCUGGGCAUCCUUUCACGUCCUUGAAGUGAUGUCCUCAUCGAAACAUUUACAGAAGCGCAUUGGUUAUUUGGCAGCAGCUCAAAGUUUUCGUGCCGAGACAGAAGUAUUGAUGUUGGCGACGAAUCUGCUGAAGAAGGAUUUGGUCUCAUCGUCCAUCGUGAAUCUAUCCUUACCGCUCGCAACAUUACCACAUAUUGUUACCCCGUCACUCGCCAUGUCGCUUCUGAACGAUCUCCUUCCGCGGCUCUCCCAUUCAAAUGCGGUUAUCCGUAAGAAAUCGAUUGUUGUGCUUUACAGGUUUGCCUUGGUGUACCCUGAGACACUUCGCCUGGCUUGGCCAAAACUUAAGGAACGCCUUAUGGAUGAUAACGAAGAUAGUAGCGUAAUUGCUGCCGUGAUGAACGUUAUCUGUGAGCUUGGUUGGAGGAGACCUCAUGACUUUCUGCCUUUGGCUCCGAGAUUUUUUGAAUUGCUAGUGGACAGCGGAAAUAAUUGGAUGGCAAUCAAAAUAAUCAAGUUGUUCGCAACUCUCACACCAUUAGAACCUCGUCUAGUACGGAAAUUACUUAGGCCUUUGAUAGGUAUUAUUCAAACCACAACCGCAAUGUCUCUUCUCUAUGAAUGUAUCAAUGGUAUAAUUCAAGGGGGUAUUCUUACAGAGGCUGAAGGGACACAAGAAGGGGAUGAAAUCGCAAGUUUGUGUGUGACGAAACUCAGAGGCAUGGUUGUCAUGGAUGCUGAUCCCAAUCUGAGAUACGUCGCUCUUCUUGCAUUCAAUCGCAUUGUCGUAUCUCACCCGCAUCUUGUUGCAAUGCAACGGAACGUGAUCAUGGACUGCUUGGACGAUCCGGAUAUUUCCAUUAGGUUUCAAUCACUUGAGCUUGCAGUGCAAAUGGCAACAUCAGAUACACUACAGGACAUUGUCAAUCGUUUGUUGAGGCAGUUGCUGAAUAGCAAAAAGUUGGAGUCUCUACAGAACGUUGGGGAUGAUACUGUCGAAGGCCUUGAUAGUUGGCGUGACACAGAGUUCGUGGAUUCUUCAUCUUCGACAGUUCCAAGUCAAGCAGCACAUGACUUGCCAGCUGAUUACAAGACCGACGUUGUUACCCAUAUAUUGGACAUAUGUUCGCGUGAUAAUUAUGCCGAUAUUGUUGAUUUUGAGUGGUACGUUGAAGUUCUGGAGCAGCUGCUGAAGCUUUUGCCCCAUCUCAAUACGAACAAACGAGGUCAGGGUGGCGACUCCCUGAACCUCCUUCCCGAAUCGGAUAUUGCAGUCAGGAUAGCUGCAGAACUCCGAAGUAUUGCGGUACGCGUGAAAGCUGUACGAGAGAAGGCCACCAGAGCAGGAGAAUCAUUUCUCUUUUUGGUUGAUGUGCAGCAGGUCUAUCAAAACGCACCAUUCGCCUACGUUGGAGCUCUCGGUCCUAUUGCUUGGAUAGCAGGUGAAUAUUCACAGCUUCUGUCAUUCCCCGAUCGAAUUUUGAACAUCCUCAUCGGCCAGAAUAACAAAACACUCCCUAGAACAGUCCUUAUCCUCUAUCUGCAAGCGAUACCCAAGAUAUUCUUGCGAUUGAUAUCUUCCGAGACCGCAUGGUCUGCUAGCAACUACACAGAGUAUUCUCUUGUUCUUGCGCGUUUGAUCACUUUUCUAGAGAGCUUAGGAGCACACCCAGACUUGGAUGUGCAAGAACGAGCCACUGAAUUCCUUGAACUUCUUCAUUUGGCCAAGGAGGCGUUGCAGCCAGAUGUCAAAGACCUUGACGAAUUACCGUUUUUACUUGCAGAUGUCCUUCCUGGUCUCUUCAGAGGUUUGGAUUUGAACUCCGUGUCCAUAGAUGCUCAAAAGAGGGUCCCACUUCCUGAUAAUCUAGAUCUAGAUGAAACGAUAAACAUCACAUUACCAAAAGCGACUGAUGACAAAUAUGCUACGUGGGUUGAGGCGGAAGCUUACAAUGACACCAAGAGCUUCUAUUAUAUUCCUGAUGGGCCAUUGUCCCUCCAGAGGGAAAUAGGCCUAGAUACCCAAGUUGACAUCAGCUUGGAAAAUGCAGAUAUCAGUUAUGCCACCACGAAUAGGGGUCAAGAGCGAUUCAGUCGCCGGGAACGGAAUAGGGAUGAUCCUUUUUACAUUGGUCAUAACGAAGGAGCUUCUGUCGAAGCAAUCAUUCCCUCAUAUCAGGUCCACGAAAUUUCGAACAAUGACGAGUUGGAUAUAGAUUCUAUUCCUAUCAUCGACCUUACAACCGUGGCAACGGACACUAACUCUAUGGAGCCCGACAAAAACGGUGGAGGUCGCAUCAAACCAGGGAAAUUCCAGAUCGCAGCUGAUGAGACCAUUGAUUUUGAUGGAUCUCUUUCUGCGGGGUUAAAGAAUCAAAAAACCGAUUCAAGGACUCAGGCAGGACGAAGUCUUCUCCAGGUUGACAGUAGCGGAAUCGAGCAUUUAGCCCUGAGCGAAGCGCACGGAUUGCCAUCGAAUAGUGAUCUACAACCUAAUCAGAGAGGGGACGAGCAGGAUUUGGAAAUGGCGGAAGCCAUGCGAAAUAUAGAGCGUGUCCGGCUGGAAAUGCAACGGGCGUCUGAGCGAAUAGACGUCCAGGGGCUACCCUCCGAUGGCCAACUUAUUAAGAAGGCUGUUAAGAAGAAAAAGAAGAAGAAAGUCAAAAGUGAAGAAGCCUAA